UGUACCUUUAAAUCUCCUGGAGGAGGCAAGGCCUGAGUGUCACAAGUCACAAAGGAACCAUCACAUAACAUAGAGCAUGGAGGGAGUGAGCAACAAUGGUUCUAAUGGUGCAAGUCACACUACAUGGGCUAUGAUGGAGCUCACAAACUCCAUAGCUGUCUCCAUGUCUUUGCGCGCAAUGGCGAAGCUCGACGUGCCCAAAAUCAUAUGGCAAAAUGGCGAGAACACACCACUAACUGCCUUGGAAAUCGCCACAAAGCUCGGUAGUGAAGCGGGCUCAUCGAACCUCGAGCGAAUGCUGAGGCUCCUCACAGCCCAUGGAGUGUUCAAUGAGACCAUGCUGGGCCCAUCUGAAGGCCGGCGGUUCUCAUUGACUGGGCUUGGGAGGGAAAUUGUGGACCGUUCAAUGGGGGCGUUCAUAUUGUAUCGAUUGGACGAUGCAUUGCUCGAUGCAUGGAGGUUGUUGCAUGAGGCGGUACUCGAGCCAUCUAGCGAACCAUUCAUUAAGGCUCAUGGCAAGCCGGCUUAUCACUAUCAUGCUGAUGAUCCAGUGUUUAAUGAGCGCAUGAUGGAGGCGAUGAGCAGCAGUUCGGGUGCGGUUAUGGAUUGGUUUCUAGAGAGGUAUGAUGGGUUUGAGGGAGUGAGGAGAGUUGUGGAUUUAGGAGGAAGUUCUGGUUUUUGCUUGAAGAAGAUUUUAGAUAAACAUAAAGGCCUCGAGGGGAUAAAUUUUGAUUUGCCUAAGGUGGUGGAAGCUGCGCCUCCUUAUCUGGGCAUAGAACACGUCGGGGGGGACAUGUUGGAGUGGGUUCCUCAAGGAGAUGUGAUUUUCAUGAAGGGGAUCUUAUGCUCAUGGGACGACGAUGAGUGCGUCGGCCUACUUAAGAAUUGCUACAAAGCCCUGCCUGAGAAAGGGAAGGUGAUAGCGUUAGAGCAAGUUCUUCCCAUGCACACUGAUACAAGCCCAAGCACCCGAGCUCUUCUUCAAGCUGACGUCUUUUUAAUGGCAAUCUAUAGCCCAGGAAGCAAGAGGAGAACCGAAGACAUAUUUCGUCGCCUUAGUGAAGCGGCCGGAUUUCGAACCCUUGAGAUUGUGUUGCCUGGCUCCUUCUACACUGCGUUGGAGUUUCAGAAGUAGCCACUCCGACUCCUACACUGUGCUGGGAGUUUCACAAGUAGCAAUUCUUGUUGGCUUAAGCAAUGGGGGGUGGUGUCUUCCCAAAUAAUAUGCUUCUACUUAUCCUUCUCUUUGACAGAGUUCGCAAUUCCUGGUGGAUAUGUUAAAUGUUUUUUUGAGAGUUCUUCAUCUUUUUUUUUCUUCUAAGCUCUAUAUUGUUCUUAUUUUCUGGGAGCUCUUUCCCCUUUGCAUGCAUGUAUUGAAAAUUUUCUCCAUAAUCUCCAAUGGGAAAUGAGUUAUAUA